UACCAGUAGUUAGGAUGGGGAUGGAGUGCGCAUCUAUGACCGAGUUCAAGUUGUAGAUGAAAUUUGAAACUGUGAAACUCGGUUUUCAAAGUGACACACUGGUCACCGAUCAGCAUCUCCUGUGAAGUCAUGCGCCUGUUCAUCUGUCUGCUGUCUGCGCUGAUUUUAUGCAAGAGUGCCAAAGCGACUGGAGAGUUCACUCCGACCGGACACUCUCUGCAUGUCGAUGACGGGAACUUUCCAAACCGGGAUAACAUGAAACAAGAGUCUUUUCAGCACCAACAGCAAGUCCUCCAUCCUUCGCCAGGUUCUCCCUUUAAUCUGAAGGUCCAGGUUGUUGACAUGCUGAGUCGUCAGUACGUGAGCCAGGCAGUGGUGGAGGUCUACAUCAACUAUACCAGGACCAACACAGUUCUUACUGGGGAGGACGGUGGUGUUUUUCUUCACGUACCUUACCAAACUGGGUUGCCUGUCACAGUUGUGGCCAGCAAGAAUGGCUACAUUUACACAGUGCUGCCUUGUAAAACCAGCAGAAUACCAAUAUUUUCAUCAGUGACCAUGUCACUACUUGGCCUGAAUCAAGGGAACAUCUGGCUGUUUGAAGAUUCUGUCCUCAUCACUGGCAAAAUAUCUGAUGCUUCAUUGCGGCCUGUUGUCCAGUUUCCCAAGAGCCUGCUGAAUCUGACAGACAGCAGUGAUAUCUCCUCUUUUAAGGCCUACCUGACCAUCCCCAAGCUGCCGUCAGAGGACAGCUUUCUCAACACUUUGGGCAUCAUGAGCAGUAAAUCAGGGUACGUCAGUGUGGAAUUGAGUCCGGUGGCGGCUGUCAGUGUGCAACUCUUCUUCAGAGACACAGAGUUAAAUGUCAGUGGGCCCAUACAGAUCAGCCUCACUCUUCCUGACAACUGUGGACUUCAGACUUCAAACAUUAUUCCAGCAUGGUUAUAUAACCAGACCACUGGUGGAUGGAUGAGAAAGGGACUAGGGACAGUGAUGUCGGUUGAUGGAAAACUCAGGUGGACAUUUACAGCUCCUCACCUUGGCUACUGGAUUGCAGCACCUUUGCCAUCCACCAGAGGUUUCUUUGAACUUGCCGUCCCCAUUGAUUUCAUCUUACGCCACUCAUCUUUACUGAUGGUCCUCUUUGGAGGAGUGCUUUUUAUUGUCAUCUGUCUUAUGGUUGGAUUAUUGUAUUACUGCAGAAAUUCCCCAAGUGAAACUAAUGCAAAGAUGAUCCUACCAGUGACAAGAAAAGACCAAACCACCUCCACAUGCGACGAUGAAGUCUUUGAAGUAUCUUCAGGUAUCACCUGUCAUUCACAGGAUGGACUGAACCAAUCAUUUACAGAAAGAGGGGAUAACCGACACAAUGCCGCUGUUUCCAUAUAUAACGGAAAUGUAAUUGCCAAUCCCAAUGCUGUGGCCAUUGCGCUUGAGUGUGCCGAGCUGGACCUCAACACUGAACCUAAUGAUUUGACUGCAGAUCAAAUGAGAGUUCCAGCAUCUCUGACAGAGAAUUUGUUCUUUUACAACCAACCUGUCGCCAUUCUUCACGCUCCAGCAUUCUUCCAUUUGGAAGAGCAACUAGAGCAGCCCCAGUGGAGUAAGUCGGCCACUCUGCCUCGAGCAGGGACUUCAAACAGUGGUGCCACAGAACCGCAGAGUAAAAACAGCUUCACCCAGACUGUGCCGAAAAGUCCUUCUGCUACCCAGAACCAGGCAGUAGAAACUGAGGACCAGCUUGGAAUUUUAGAGGAUUGUCAGGCAUCAACGUCCAACACAUCCAGAAGUCAAUAUGGCCUCCCAGAAUCUGUGUCGGUCCCAGGAACAUUAAAUAAAAUCAGGGGGAACAGACACUCUGUGCAUGCCUUGGCAGAACUUUCUAAAAUCCCCUCACCUCAGCCUCCUCGGGCCUGGUUUGUAUCACUGGAGGGCAAACCUGCAGCUGAGAUCCAUUAUAAUGUGUCAGAGCAGCAGAGAAGAAGAAGGCCAGUUGAGAGUCGAGAGACCAGUUUAGAUUCGGGUGUGGAUAUGAGCGAGCUGAACCAGACAUCUGGAAGGAGGGCUGUAACACUGGAGCGUAAUGCUACUUUUGUCAAAAGCAAACAUGCACCUUUGUAGUAAAAACUUUGACAGCCUCCAUGUCCACAGAAGUUGAUGAAUCAACAGCAUCAGUUCUAUCUGUGACUAAUGAUUUAUUCACCUUGUUUCUCAAAUGUUAUUAAUGUUAAAGCUGAAUACAAGAUUGGUGUACAGCCCGAUGUCUACCAUUAGAGUUCACACAGUCUGCUUUUCAGCUGCUAUGUAUGUGGAAAAGUUCACAACAUGCAUGAAGUUGCUGAUUUUGACUUUAACAUUACAUGCCAAAUCUGUCUCAUGCUCACUUUGCUUAACAGCCUGUCUUACCUCUUAUCUCCUGCCUCACUGCUCUCUUUUAACCAGAAAUAUAAACACAUUUUGCAACACUGUCCAAAAACAUUUCAUAUUGAUAAUAUAUAUUUUCUGCAAUUGCCCUGUUUGUCCACUUCCAACGUGGCAAAGACAACUGUAUGUUGUUCACUGAAGUUUAAUGGACACACUACCAUGGCUAACUUAACAUGACUGAAUGUCUUUGUUAUAUUAAAAAUGUUUGAUUUGGAUUGUGCAUAUUUGUUUGAGCAUGUUUGUUUAUAUUGUCAUGA